AAAAGGAUAGAAAAGAGAGAUAGGGGAGAGAAAUUAAAGAGCUUUGCGUGUUAUCUUCGCCCUCUUUUGUGUCUCCCUUUAUCCUCCAUAAAGUUCUUGGCGGGCGAGUGUACAUCUAUUGCUUCGCCACAUUUGGUCUCUGUGGUACUACAAGAAAGCCGAGGAAGCAAGCGAGCCCUCUUCUUGCUUACCGGACUCCUUAUUUGCUGGUUCGACUGUUUGUUUUCUUAGUGGCUGUCACGGAGAAAAAGAGAGGCCAGCUUUUACACCUAAUAAGGACUAUUGAAGUACUCAGGCUUUAAUUGGAAACAGAUCCUCGAUAUGGAUGGCGGUAAUGCCCUAGAUUUGGACACCCUGAAGGAGUCACUCCGUCUCGAGAUACGGAAAGAGUUCAAGAUCAAAGAAGGAGCUGAGAACCUACUGAAAGUGACGAGGGACAAAAAGGCCAGAGCCCACGUUGGCUCUAUUCUCAAGACUUGCACUGAGAGGAUCGAUCAGUUGAGGUCUGAUCUAACAGCACUACUGGCACAAGUACCUGAUGAAGAAGAUGCAACUGAGGUUCCAGUUCCAGGUUCCCCUCCAGCUCAAAGACGUAGCAACCAAUCCCAAGCCAUAACUGAUCUUGACAGGCAGCUGGAGAUAGAACAGAAAGUCAAGGCAGGGGCCGAAAACAUGAUCAAGAUGUACUCCAACGCCAAAAGCUCCAAAGAUCGUAAACUCCUCGUGGAGGCCCAGCAAAUGUACUCUGACUCAAGAACCAAGAUUGAAGUACUUCGUAUGCGUAUCAUGAAAACUAAGAGUGCUCUUAGUUCUUCUCCUGAGAAAGGUGAAGAUACUCAUUUCGGUAGGAACCUCUUGUCAAAGCCUGAGGGACGAGUGUCUUAUAUAAGGUACCGUAUUGAUGUGGAGAGUCGACUGAUUGAAGGAGCGAGAAAAAUAAUGAGAGCUAAUCCAAACAGCAAAGCAUAUUCCACUGCUGGGGAGAAUGAGAAACUCUCGGCUCAAAAACUAAAACUAUUAAAACUCUCACUCGAGAAUCGACUAACUGAAUUCCCCCACUUAGCCGAAGACAGCAAAGAGGACCCGGCGUCCAUUUUGAUCCCUCGCCCCGCCCAACUCACCGGGACUCUCACUAUUAAGCUCCUCGGGUGUGAGGGUCUGGUUGAUAUUGUCACGUUGAGGAUGAAUUAUGGUUUAGACACUCUUAGCUCUCAUACCAGACCAACUACAGGGAGCCUUCUCUCCCAUAUAAUGACACUACCGAGAUCACACAGAUCCAACUCAACACCUCAAGCUGAUUUAGAGAGGGAUUUAGAAUCAAGUGCUCCAACAACUUCAGGUUACAGUAGCAGUACAAUGGCAUGGAACAGGCCCAGGGGAGGCAGUAGACACAACAAAUUGAAGGGAAGCCUCUCGAAGCAACCUAGUGCUCAAGAUCUCCUGGAUGAUGCUCUACCUGGAGGUACAAUAUGUGCAGUUCUCUCAAUGGACAAUAAAGAAGUUGGUCGAACAAAAUGGAGUCCGCCAAGCAACACAGCCUGGGAGCAGCAAUAUCGCCUUGAGCUUGACAGAAACAGAGAGUUAGAGAUAUGUGUGCGUUACCGUGACGAUGAGGGUGAGUCCCUCUGUGGUGUCCUCUACCUCAGACUGGAGGAUUUCCUCAGCACUCCUUCCUCAAUCCUCUGCAUUCCCAUGGAGCCCCAGGGUAUCCUUCUAGCGGAGAUUUCUUACGAAGACCCUAAGACUGAACUACGUCAACCUAAACUGAAGCGAAACAGGAAAAUCUUUAAAGGUGGUAAAAUCCUCAGACCUUCAGAAAUCAACACUAACAUAGCCACGUGGUCAAGAUUGCUCAGUCGGGCUGCUCCUGCUAUAACUGCUGGUGCAGACUUGGCGUCUCCGAUGGGCGGGGCCUCGGGUGCAAAAUCCUCCGGAAACCUGAAACCAGUCACACUUAAUUUUGACUCUGACACGUCCCCGCCCCAAAGUGAUAGUCAAAGUGGCGAGAAUAGUCCAAAGACGCCAGAUACGCCUUCUUCGUAUCGGCACCAAAGCCACACCUCCGUUUUUGAUAAGGAUGACGAUGGAGGCGUGGCCCCUGAGACAAAUGGACCCCUCCCACCUCCGAGCCCCGUGAGCGACGCCGAGUUGAUGCAUACUCCGGAUCAGAUCAUCAUUCCACCGCCCCCUCAGUUUGUCGAGGAUAAGACCACGCCCACUAAGGGUGGGGCUAGCGGUGAGCGUAGGCUAUCAAACGGAGUCGUUGAACCUUUAAGACCUCCAUCACCUCUACCUGAACUGUGUAAGCACAUUCCUUAUCUCGAUAAUUUGGGCAAGCACGAGGAUGGACUGAAUAUUGCCUAUUCUCAUCCACCAGCUCCUCCCGUCCCACCAAGGAACUAUCAACUACCAAAUUCUCCUUCUCAUACACCAUUACAAGCCUCAGCUUCCUGUACUCCUUAUCUUCCCUCCUCCUCCCAGUACCAGCAAUCCUCCACUAACAUAUACACCCCCUCCUCCGGCUCCUCCCACUCUCAGAACACUCACCAGAAGGUCGGACGUAUGUCCACUGAGGGCACGUCGGUCUCUGCCAGUGGUACGCCGGAGAGAAAGGGAACAUCAUCAUCGUACAGGGACACUGGCGGAAGUGUUCUUCCUCACAUGAAAGGUAUCAAUGAGUACAAGUUUAUAGCAGUCCUUGGGCGGGGCCACUUUGGAAAGGUUUUAUUGGCAGAGGAUAAGAACACGAAGGAGCUAGUCGCUGUGAAGGUUCUAAAGAAAGGAGACAUCAUAUCAAGGGAUGAGGUGGAGAGUUUGAUGUCGGAAAAAAGAAUAUUUGAGAAGAUAAACGCUGUGAGGCAUCCAUUCCUAGUCAACCUUCACUGCUGCUUCCAGUCUGAGAACAAUGUUUGUUUUGUAAUGGAGUAUGCCUGUGGUGGUGACCUGAUGAUGCACAUCCAUCAGGACAUAUUCAAAGAGCCAAGAGCUUGUUUUUAUGCUGCCUGUGUAGUAUUGGGAUUACAGUACCUCCAUGAGAAUGGUAUAGUGUAUAGGGAUCUCAAACUGGAUAACCUCCUCCUUGAUGUUGAUGGAUUCGUAAAAGUCGCCGAUUUCGGGUUGUGUAAAGAAGGAAUGUGGUAUGGGUCUCGUACUAGCACCUUCUGUGGUACCCCAGAGUUCUUAGCACCUGAGGUAUUAACUGAUGUAUCAUAUACUAGAGCAGUUGAUUGGUGGGGCCUUGGGGUACUCAUUUAUGAAAUGUUGGUAGGAGAGUCCCCAUUCCCUGGUGAGGAUGAAGAGGAAGUCUUUGAUAGUAUUGUUAAUGAUGACGUCAGGUACCCUCGAUUCUUAUCAUCUGAAGCCAUCUCUAUAAUGAGAAAGCUUCUUCGUAGAAAUCCAGAGAGAAGAUUAGGAGCUGGUGAGAGAGAUGCAGAAGAUAUAAAGAGGCAGCCAUUCUUUAAACACAUUGAUUGGGAGAAGCUGCUAAGAAGAGAAGUAAAGCCACCGUUUAAACCAAAACUGGAAGGGCGACUAGAUAUUAGCAAUUUUGAUGAUGAAUUCACAAGAGAAGAUCCCAUUUUUACUCCUCCAAAGAAUCCCAGACCAUUAAAAGCGAAAGAACAGAAAUUGUUUCGCGGAUUUGAAUAUUCAGCCGACUGGAGUGUUAUUUAAGACCACACCUACUUCCUGCCCCUCCCAUUUCUCAUUGAUCACAUCAUCUCAGUUUCUGCUACAUGAAAAACUUCUCCAAAUUUUUCUCUCUCUCUCUCUCUUUUUAUUGUUAACUCAAAACUAUUAUAGUUGUUAUUAUUAUUUAAAACUCUUAAAAAUAAAUUAUUAAUUAUUAUUAUUAUUAUUAUUAUCGUUGUAAUGUUGUUGCUGUUGUUAUUCAACGAAUGGAGUUUAUUUUUAUGUAUUAUAAUGUUCACUGUUUUAUUCUCUCUCUCUCUCCCUCCCUAUCUCUCUUCGAAAUGAUGAGAUGUCUGUAUGUUAGUUGUGAAUUAUCUGUUUCUCUUGGUUUCUGAUGUUCGCUAGUUUUUUAUUAAGAUAUGUGUCUAAGAAAUUAA